GGGUAAUCAGACGCUAACUCGAAGCUUAAAGACAAUUACAACUAGCUAUCUACACUCUUUCUGCUUCAUCACUAUUUGAUUAAGGUGCUAAUAUCAAUUAAUAGUUAAACAAUGAAUGAGAAAUGUGUGAAAUGGAAUUAUUUUAACUUCCAAAUCAUAUACAAGAAACUGAAAAACCAACAUUACGCGUUGAAUGUCAACUUCUACUUCUUUGCUGUUUCUGUGUUCCUUCUGCCUAAACUUUUCCUCCAAUAAAUUGUUAGCCAUAGGCCCCUUAGUCCAAAUAAACAAUUCUAGUCAACAUUUUAAUAUGUCAAGUUCUGAUCAAAGAGAGUGAGUCUACAAUGUACGGAUCACGUUGUUUUAGUCUCCCACGUAUUCUCGGAAAUCCGAUGUUUUCAUAUUGAAACUUUGCCUUACAUAUAUCUCCUCCUAUUAUACAAUUCCUCUUGCACUUUGCAAACCUUGGUCUCCGCAAGGAUCAAACUCCCCUAGCAUUUCCUGGUCAUUUGCUGGCCAAACCAAAAGAUUUUGCUACCAAUUCUUGUAUUAUAUCAUCAAUCAUGGCCUUGUCAACAAUGAUCCAUAACCAUCUUCCAACCACUCUCAGCACCGGUGUUAACCGGAUUUCUGCCAUCCAUGGCCAUCAGGAAGUUGUUUUUGAUCUCCCGAAAACUAAUAAGACAUCGAAUAGGGGUGCUCGACGUCUGGCUGAAUCACUAUCAAACCUUCUUCACCUCCAUAUCGAACCCCCUUCUUCAAGGAAAAAUCUUCAACUUUCCAGCUGGGAUUUGAUUGAUGAAGAGAAACAUAAUACCCCAACAACUUCUCCCAAGGAGUUGGUUGCUGAUAAAUGGCGUGAUAUUCAUGGUUCUAUGGAUUGGGACAGUCUUUUAGACCCACUUCACCCUUGGCUGCGGCGAGAAAUUGUCAAGUAUGGAGAGUUUGCUCAAGCAACGUAUGAUGCUUUUGACUUUGAUUCCUUUUCGGAGUAUUGCGGAAGCUGCAGGUACAAUCGUAACAAGCUUUUUGAGAAAGUAGGCCUUGGUAAAAAUGGUUAUAAGGUGACCAAGUACAUCUAUGCUAUGUCACAUGUUGAAAUGCCACAGUGGCUGGAGAGGUCACACUUGAUGGACACGUGGAGCAAACAUUCCAACUGGAUGGGUUACGUGGCGGUUAGCGACGAUGAGGAGACCCAUAGGAUCGGACGGAGAGAUAUUGUGGUGGCCUGGCGGGGAACGGUGGCACCAUCCGAGUGGUAUGAGGAUUUUCAAAGGAACUUGGAACCAAUAGGGGUUGGAGAUGCCAAAGUUGAACAUGGGUUUCUUAGCAUUUACACUUCCAAGAAUGAAUCCUCAAGAUACAACAAGUCAAGUGCUUCGGAGCAAGUCAUGAAAGAAGUGAUAAAGCUGGUGCAAUUCUACCAAGGAAACGGUGAAGAAGUAAGUUUAACAAUAACCGGGCAUAGCUUGGGUGGUGCAUUGGCUCUGCUCAAUGCCUAUGAAGCUGCAACCGAUCUUCCAGGCCUUCAUGUUAGUGUGAUUUCCUUCGGCGCACCUAGAGUUGGCAACAGUGCCUUCCGGGACGAGCUGGAUGAAUUAGGAGUUAAAACUUUGAGAGUGGUAGUUAAGCAAGAUUUAGUCCCUAGAAUGCCAGGGAUUGUUUUCAAUGAGAGUUUACAACGGUUUGAUGAUAUAACAGGAACAUUGGAAUGGGUUUAUACACAUGUUGGAGCUGAAUUGAGGCUGGAUGUUAGUUCAUCACCUUACCUCAAGCGUGGAUUCAAUCCCUUGGGAUUUCAUAGCCUUGAGACAUACCUUCACCUUGUCGAUGGGUUCCUCAGCACAGACUCUACAUUUCGAUCUAAUGCUCGUAGGGAUGUUAGCUUGGUGAAUAAGGCAUGUGAUAUUUUGGUGGAUGAACUAAGAAUCCCUAGCUGCUGGUACCAAUUGGCUAACAAAGGAUUGGUUUGUAAUGAACAUGGCAGAUGGGUUAAACCAAGAAGAGAACCUGAAGACAUUCCCUCACCAAUUGGAGAAGCACAUGACCAUAACCUUAGAAUUGAGAUGCAGGAAAGUUAUCAAAUGUCGUAUGCAAGCUAAAAACGUAUGGCUAUUGAUCAAGAAAUGAAAAAGCAUUUUUUGAAAAUUCAUUUCUUUGCAUUUUCAUUUUCUACGAGUCAAAGUUGGCUUUCAAUACUUUAAUUAAGAUAAAAA